AUAUCAAUAUGUUGAACAAUCUUGAAGAGUUGUAUCUCUCAGGGCACAAUGUGAUAGGUGAAAUUCCCAUUGGAAUUGGUGAAUUGUCAUCUUUAAGAAUCUUAAAUUUAAAGCGGACUGGUAUUUGUGGAAUUCCAAGGACAAUCAACAUGCUCCAUCACCUCCAAACACUAAACUUAAUAGGCUGUCAUGAGAUUCAAGUUUUGCCGGAGCUUCCCACGAGUUUGACUUGUCUACUUCUUGAAUCUAAAUCAUUGCUCUCAAUCCCUAAUCUGUCAAACCUUACUAAUUUGGUUGAACUACGACUAAGUAAUUACCAAUGUCUUAGAGAGAAUUCAAAACCACUCAUAGGAUGCAACUUAAGGGGGAUUGGGAUGUUAUCUAGAUUGAAAAAGUUGAAGUUAAAUCUACUUGAUGUCCCUGCACCUCCAGAAUUAGCCUUUCUCUCUCAUUUGGAAGGGCUUGUUUUGAGACACCUAGACCCAAAACCCCUCAUGCAACUUCCGUCGUCCAAUUGGAGCUUGAGAAAUUUGGAAACUUUAAAGAUCAAUUGUUGUGAAGUGGAAGCCAUUCCACUCGAGGGACUUCCACAAUUGGAGAAAUUAGUUGUUGACAGUUGUAUACAACUUCAGAGAUUAUCCAUCCCUUUGGAACUAGGAAAGCUCCGGAAAGUGUGCGUGUCAUAUUGUCCAGAGCUAGGUGAGAUACAAAUUGUGGGUCUUUCGAAAUCGUUGGAACACUUGGGCAUUGAUGAUUGCAAAUCUCUAACAAGAAUAAGUGGGUUAUCAUACUUGAAGAACCUAGAGACUUUGGGAAUCGAAAAGUGCAAUGUACUUACUAAUGUCGAGGGCCUUGAUGAGCUAGAUUCUCUAAAGUUCUUGAAGGUCAUAAGUUGCAUGUCGUUGAGAUGGUUGAUUGAUGCAUCUUGCUCAAAUAUACCAGAUGAUUGCGUUAGCAAUAUAAUGUGGUGUGGAGACUCUACCAAAGAUUCUAGAUCUCCAUCUAAAAUUCUCGCACCUCUAGAGUUAGCUUCUCUUCCUCAUCUAGAAGAGCUUACUUCGUUUGACUGGGACCAAGAAGCCCUCGAGCAGCUUCCGUCCUCCACCUGGAGCUGGAGAAAUUUGUCGACUUUAGAGUUCUAUCGGUCUGAAGUGGAUGACAUUCCGCUCAAGGGACUUCCACGACUGGAGAAAUUCACUCUUGAGGAUUGUGUAUGGCUUCAAAGAUUAUCUUUUCCUUUGGAACUGAGGAAGCUACGGAAAGUGCGUGUGUCAAAAUGUCCAGAGCUAGUUGAGAUACGAGUCAUGGGUCUUUCAAAAUCAAUGGAGUACUUAAGCGUUGAUGAGUGCAACUCUUUAAUAAGAAUAAGUGGGUUAUCAUUCUUGAAGAACCUGGAGAAAUUGAAAAUUGAAGAUUGCAGGGCACUUAUUGAUAUUGAGGGUCUAAAUGAGCUAGAGUCUCUGAAAUCCUUAAAGGUCGAAAGGUGCAUGUCAUUGAGACAGUUGAUUGGCGCAUCUUGCACAAAAAUACCAGAUGAUUGCUUAGUCAAUAUAAUGUGUUGCGGAGACUCUAUCAAAAAUUCUAAAUGGAUAAUGCUUUUGAAGCAUUAUAGAGAAGAAAUUCUUCUUAUUACAUCAAACAAGUCAGAGCCGAGCAAUGCUGAACGUUUUGAGGCCACGGGAAAUAGGUGGCAAAUGACAGACGGAAGGAUUGGGUGCUAUGACAGUGUCGAUGGCGGGAAAGUCGCGAGUAUGGAAAACAGGGAGAAAUACAAGGAUGAGAUUGGAGAACCUGCCAACCCAGGUGACGUUGUUGGGUCAAGUUGCCAAACAUGCGAAGGAGUUGAACACUACGAGAGAUCCUGCAAAGCUAAAACUGAAGUUGAGGAUCAAGGAGACUUUUCUUCUGUGAAAAGGGACAGGACUGUGGAGACUGACCUAGUACCUGCGAAAACAGGCAAAGGAAGUUUGACAGGAUGUGCUUCAAACCCAAGAAGGGAUCCUGCAGAAAGAGGCAGGGGAAAGGAUAUAGCUUCAAGUUCAAGAAACGACAAAGGUUUGAGAUUAGUUAGAGGCACAGCUUCUACUUUAGGGAAGGGCACGACAUCAAACUUAGGAAAGGACAUAGAUUCAAGUUCACGAAGUAGCGUCACCUCGAGUUCAGGAAGGGCCAAAGGUUCAAGGGGCGCAACUUUGAGUUCAGGAAGGGGCGUGACUUUGAGUUUAGGAUUGGGUAGGGGUUCAAGUUCAAGAAUGGACACAUCUACGACGGGCAUAACUUCUAGUUCACGAAGCAACGCGACUUUGAGUACAAGAAGUGGCAGAGGUUCAACUUCAGGAAAGGGCACAAUUGUGAGUUCAGGAAGGAACACAACUUUGAAUUUAGGAAGGGGCACGACUAAAAUAGUAUCAAGUUUAAGAGCAGGGAUACAGAAAGGUUCAAGUUCGGCCAAGGCUGAGCCUCAAACAUCGAGGUCACGAGAAGAACAAUAAGGCAAGAAUGAAGAAGCAAAGAAGCAAGCGGAAGAUCUAAGGUAAUGUAACAUAUUUAGUAGGCACGCACGUUCUUCAUUCUUCGUGUGUGCUCACCCCCAGGCAACGCAAGAUUACAAACUCUACCUUUUAGAGGAGACUUGAGACCAAUAUGUCACAGUAGAAAUCUAUUUUUAUUUGAAUUUUCCUACAUUUCUCUUAAGGAGGACCAAAACCAACAAGUGG